AUGGACCCUACCGUAGGCAAGCAUGGCUCCCUUCGGAACGUUCUGGUUCGGUUACUUCUCUUCGGCGUUUUCGUUGUUAUUUUCAGAUUUGCUUACGUCAUCACCAUCGCCGGCGAAAACUGCAACGUCGGAGAUUUCUGUUUCUUUUCAUCACCGACGAAAAUCAACGCCGCCGUCGCUGGAUCUGGUCCCGGUUCCGGCGCUCUCUCCGUCCGAUCCUCUGCCGAGUUAUCCACGCCGGAGAAUCAAUCGAGCAAGGAAUGGAUCACCGGCGUUAGAUUCUACUCAUCGAUUUUCCAGAAUAUGAUCGCCACCGGUGAUCUUUCGCGCAAUGCGAAGUCGCUUUGCGUAAAUACCCCGACCGGGAGGGAUGUGUACGCGUUGAAGGAAAUCGGUGUUGAAGAUACCGUUGGAAUUGCGAAGAAGGCGGUGAAGUCGUUGGUGAAAUCCGGUGAAGGUCACUGGAUUCCGUUUGGUAAUAAUACAUUCGACUUUGUGUUUUCCGGUGAGGGAGGUUUGGAGAGAUCGAUGAGGCCGUCGGAAUUCGCGUCCGAGAUCGCGAGGACGCUGAAACCCAAAGGGUUUGCAGUGUUCCAUGUAAAUGCUAAAGACUCAUACAGUUACAAUUCAUUUGUUGAUUUGUUUAAAUUUUGUUGUGAAGUGGUGAAAUUCCAUGACAUUCAUGGUUUCGAUUCGUCAAUGCCGUUAAUAAGAGAAAUCUUCAUGAAGAAAAUUGGUUAUAGAGAAACUGAUUCUGAAUUAUUUGAUUUGAAUCGGGAUCAGAAAUGUUCUGUUCCAGAUUAUAAGAGAGAAUUGGUUAAGAAUGCUGAGGAAUUGAUUGAGGAAGAACCAUUGAAGCCAUGGAUAACCCUAAAGAAGAAUGUGAAGAACAUAAAGUAUGCACCUUCAAUGGUUGAUAUAAGCUUUAAGAAUAGGUAUGUGUAUGUUGAUGUUGGAGCUCGAAGCUAUGGUUCGAGUAUUGGAAGCUGGUUUAAGAAGCAGUAUCCGAAACAGAAUAAGACGUUUCAUGUUUACGCGAUCGAGGCUGAUAAAACUUUUCAUCAAGAGUAUGCGACAAAGAAAGGGAUAACUCUGUUGCCUUAUGCUGCAUGGGUUAGGAAUGAGAGUUUGGUUUUUGAGAUUAACAAUGACCCGGGUGAUAAGAAGAAAGAGAAAGCAGGGAGAGGAAUGGGAAGGAUUCAACCAUUGGAUUCACAAGGUGGCGCGGGUGGUGGUAUUCAGACGACUCAAGGGUUUGAUUUUGCGGAAUGGUUGAAGAAAACGGUUUCGAUGAAUGAUUUCGUCGUGAUGAAAAUGGAUGUGGAAGGUACGGAAUUUGAUUUGAUUCCUAGAUUGUUUGAAACCGGGGCGAUUUGUUUGAUUGAUGAAAUUUUUCUCGAGUGUCAUUAUAAUAGAUGGCAGAGAUGUUGUCCGGGACAAAGAAGUCCGAAGUAUGAGAAAACUUAUGAUCAAUGUUUGCAGCUUUUCAGUUCUCUUAGACAAAGUGGUGUUCUUGUUCAUCAAUGGUUUUAG